AUGCCCUCUCUAACCGCCCGCCUCCUCUCGCACCCACAGACCCCCGACGCCUACAAGCGCGCCACCCAAUCGCCCUUUCUCCAGCUCGCGGGCCAGGGCCGUCUCCCGCCCACGACCCUGUCCCAGUGGCUGGCGCAGGACCGGCUGUACGCGCAGGCCUAUGCGCGCUUCAUUGGCGGCCUGCUGUCGCGCGUGCGCCUGCCCGUCCGGUCCGACCGGCCCAUCCGGGAGACGCUCGAGUGGCGCGUCGUGCAGGUCCUCAAGAGCUCCCUAGACGGCAUCUUGGUGGAGUUGGCGUUUUUUGAGGAUACCGCGGCCAAGUACGGGCUUGACCUGGCUGCAGUGGUCCCGGCCGAAAAGGUAGUGGGGUCCAGCGGCGGCGGCGGCGGCAGCGGUAAAGAGUUUGGACCGAAUCCGACAACGGCUGCAUAUGUGGACCUGUUUGAUUCCUUUGGCGCGGGCGGCAAUGCCAACAAGUCAGUCUUUGAGGGGCUGGUGCUCCUCUGGGCUACGGAAAAGGUGUACCACGAGGCGUGGACAUAUGCCCGGGACCAGGGCCAGGCAAGUCAGACCAAGGCCGAGGACGAUCUCGAUGGCGGAGCGUUGAGGAAGGAGUUUAUACCCAACUGGACGUCUGCUGAAUUUGGCGCAUUUGUGGACGAGAUUGAGGCGUGUCUGGACCAGUACGCCGAGACGCACAGUGGUGCGGAUGUCGAUGAGACGGCUUUGAGAGUGUGGAAGGAGGUCUUGCAGUUGGAACAAGGGUUCUGGCCCCAGGUGUAG